AUGUUUGAAGAAGACUUGCUAGCGGUUAAUAGGGCCGGAUUAACCGACCAGCAAGCAGGGCGCGAUAAUACUUCCGCCCGGCCCGUAUUUUCCGACCCGGAAAUAAAAAGUUGUGAAGAGGCGAGUCCCGGCCAGAAGCAAGACUGCCUAGGCUGGCGGCGGCGGCUGUUGAUAUUCGAGCAAAGGAAAAAUUUCGCCGCGCGGCAAAAAAGCAACAGCUCUUUUAACAAUCUAAAUGUCUGUCUUGGAUUACUUGGAUUACUGAACGAUUAUGAAAUUGAUUGGAUAUUUGAACUAAUACAUGAGGGAUUUGAUGUAUUAGUUUUAACAAAAACCUGGCAUAGUUCUCAUGAUGAAUUUUUUGUUAAAAUGGCUGUGUUUGAUUUUAUUGAUUUUCUGAAACCUCACGAUCCGCAUUACGGUGGAAUCAUAGUCUACUUUAGAAAUACUAUUCUCCGUAAAAGAAUUGAAUUGCCAACAACAUUCACCUUAGAAGCGUUAGCUAAAAAGUUUAAGAUAAAUGGGAUUGACGUUAUUUUGCUAGCCAUAUACAGACAAUGA